UUUUAUUUUCAAGAACUACAUCGUUUGGCGUAGGAAGACGAAUCUUUUGUUGUUGUUGUUGUUGUUGGUGGUGGUGUAAUGCGGCCUCUCGACCACCAGGGGUCGCAGUUUCCCGGGCAGCAGCAGCAGCAGCAGCAGCAGCAGCCCCUUGUGUUCGGCUGAAUCACUUCAUCCAUCGUACCCACAAUGCAAAGUGAGACGCCGAAACCUCAGCAGCAGCAGCAGCAGCAGCAGCAGCCUUCUUGAAGCAGCGUUUGGGGUUAUCAUGGCGAGAGGAGACGCAUCUUCCCACUGAGGCCCCGCAGCGACAAAGGAUUUCUCCCGCCCGCCCCGCUCCAUGAGCACAGGCGCCGAGUCCCGUGCCGACCCGUGCGGGGACCUGCCGGAGCGUUAGCCCCCGUCGGAGAGAGGACGCAGCCAGCGGCCCCGUCAUGGCAGCGUCCGAGCUGUACACAAAGCGCGCUCGGGUGUGGAUCCCCGAUGCAGAGGAGGUGUGGAAGUCUGCUGAGCUCAACAAGGACUACAAAAAUGGCGACGCCUCCCUGGUGCUCAUGCUGGAGGAUGGAACGAACAUUGAGCACAAGCUGGACCCCAAGACGAAGAACCUGCCUUACCUGCGAAACCCCGACAUCCUGGUGGGCGAAAAUGACCUCACGGCGCUCAGCUACCUCCACGAGCCGGCCGUGCUCCACAACCUCAAAGUCCGCUUCGUCGACUCGAAGCUCAUCUACACUUACUGCGGAAUCGUUCUGGUGGCCAUCAACCCGUAUGAGACGCUGCCAAUCUACGGAACAGACAUCAUCAACGCCUACAGCGGCCAGAACAUGGGAGACAUGGACCCGCACAUCUUCGCCGUGGCAGAGGAGGCUUACAAACAGAUGGCCAGGGAUGAGAGGAACCAGUCAAUCAUCGUGAGCGGGGAGUCUGGAGCAGGAAAGACGGUAUCGGCCAAAUACGCCAUGAGAUACUUUGCUACGGUCAGCGGCUCCGCCAGCGAGGCCAACGUGGAGCAGAAGGUCUUGGCUUCCAACCCCAUCAUGGAGGCCAUCGGAAAUGCAAAGACCACCAGGAAUGACAACAGCAGUCGUUUCGGCAAAUACAUCGAGAUCGGCUUCGACACCCGCUUCCGCAUCAUCGGUGCCAACAUGAGGACAUAUCUGCUGGAGAAAUCACGAGUGGUCUUUCAGGCGGAUGAGGAGAGAAAUUAUCAUAUCUUCUAUCAGCUCUGUGCAUCAUCGCAUCUGCCCGAGUUCAAGACUCUGAAGCUGAGCAGUGCAAACGACUUCCUGUACACACGGCAGGGCCGCAGCCCCGUCAUUGUCGGUGUGGACGACACCAAGGAGCUUAAUGCCACUCGCAAUGCCUUCAUGUUGCUCGGUAUUAAUGAGUCCUAUCAGAUGGGCUUGUUCCGGGUUUUGGCAGCUAUUCUUCAUCUCGGAAACGUGGAAAUAAAGGACAGAGAUUCGGACAGUAGCGUCAUUGCUCCCAACAAUCGCCACCUGACGGCGUUCUGCGAGCUGGUGGGCGUGACCUACCAGGACAUGACUCAGUGGCUGUGCCACAGGAAGCUGAAGACGGCCGCGGAGACGUACAUCAAGCCCCUCCCUCGUCUGCAGGCCACCAACGCACGUGAUGCGCUCUCCAAACACAUCUACGCCAAACUCUUCAACUGGAUCGUUGAGCAUGUCAACAAGGCUCUGAUCACUAACGUCAAACAGCACUCCUUCAUCGGCGUCCUCGACAUCUACGGGUUUGAGACAUUUGAGAUCAACAGCUUUGAGCAGUUCUGUAUCAACUACGCUAAUGAGAAACUCCAGCAACAAUUCAACAUGCAUGUGUUCAAGCUGGAGCAGGAGGAGUACAUGAAGGAGCAGAUCCCCUGGACGUUGAUCGACUUCUACGACAAUCAGCCCUGCAUCAACCUCAUAGAAGCCAAGAUGGGGAUCCUGGACCUGUUGGACGAGGAGUGCAAAAUGCCCAAAGGCUCCGACGAUUCUUGGGCCCAGAAACUGUACAACACCCAUCUGAAAACCUGCUCCCUGUUCGAGAAGCCACGCAUGUCCAACCGCGCCUUCAUCAUCCAACACUUUGCUGACAAGGUGGAGUACCAGUGCGACGGUUUCCUGGAGAAGAACAAGGACACCGUGAAUGAAGAGCAGAUCAAUGUGCUGAAGGCCAGCAAGAAGUUUGACCUGCUGGUGGAGCUAUUUCAGGAUGAGCAUCCAGCCACCAGUCCCACUGGUCAGGUCGCCGGGACUGGAGGCCGGACCCGCCUCAGCAUCAAACCGGACAAGAGUCGGGAGAAAAGCAGCAAGGAGCACAAGAAGACUGUCGGCUGCCAGUUUCGAAACUCUCUGCAAAUGCUGAUGGAGACUCUGAAUGCGACCACUCCACACUACGUCCGCUGCAUCAAACCAAAUGACUUCAAACUGGCCUUCACGUUUGAUCCCAAACGUGCAGUGCAGCAGCUCAGAGCCUGUGGUGUCCUAGAAACCAUCCGCAUCUCUGCUGCAGGUUUCCCGUCCAGAUGGACGUACCAGGAGUUCUUCAGCCGUUACAGAGUGCUGAUGAAGCAGAAGGACGUGCUCCCUGACAAAAGGUUGACCUGCAGAAAUGUUCUGGAGAAACUAGUGGAGGACCAGGAUAAAUACCAGUUUGGUAAGACCAAGAUCUUCUUCAGGGCCGGCCAGGUCGCUUAUCUUGAGAAGUUGAGGGCAGACAAGUUGCGUGCUGCCUGCAUCCGCAUCCAGAAGACCAUCCGCUGCUGGCUGGCGCGCAAGAAGUACCUGCGCAAGCGCUGCGCUGCGAUCACCAUCCAGAGGUUCACUAGAGGAUACCAGGCGCGCUGCUUGGCCAAGUUCAUGCGUCGUUCUCAGGCGGCCACCGUCAUCCAGAAGUACCAGAGGAUGUGCGUGGAGAAGAAACGCUACAGGCAGAAGCAGGCUGCCGCCCUGGCCAUGCAGACGAUCCUCAGAGGUUAUAUGGCCCGACAGAAGUACCAGGGGCUACUGCGGCAGCACAUGGCAGUCAUCAUUCAGAAACGCAUUCGUGGCUGGUUGGCCCGGUGCUGGUACAAGCGCUGCCUCGAGUCCAUCGUCUACCUGCAGUGCUGCAUCCGCAGGAUGAGGGCGAGGCGCGAGUUGAAGAAGCUGAAGAUCGAGGCUCGCUCAGUGGAGCACUUCAAGAAGCUCAACAAAGGCAUGGAGAACAAGAUCAUGCAGCUGCAGAGGAAGGUCGACGAGCAGAGCAAGGAAAUGCGGUUGACCAACGAGAGGCUCAAUGGUCUGGAGACCUCCUACUCCGCCGAGAGCGAGCGGAUGCGUGGCGAGCUCAGCCGGCUGCGAGGGGUGGAGGAGGAUGCCAAGAACAAAACCAUACAGGUGACAUCGCUGCUGGAGGAGCUGGAGAGGCUGAGGAAGGAGCUGAGUGUCACGCAGAAGGAGAAGAAGACCAUCGAGGACUGGGCUCAUACAUACAGGAACGAAAUGGAGAAAAUGGUCUCGGAGCUGAAGGAGCAGAAUGGCUCGCUGAAGAAGGACAAGGACGACUUGAACAGGUUGAUUCAGGAACAGAGUCAGCAGAUGACAGAGAAAAUGGCCCGUGCGAUAGCAGAGGAGACGCAGCAGUUGGAGACGGACCUGAACGAGGAGCGAUCUCGCUACCAGAACCUCCUGACAGAACACCUGCGCCUCGAGGAGAAAUACGACGACCUGAAGGAGGUGGCUCUGUCCUCGAACGUUUCCAAGCCCGGCCACAGGAGGACAGACUCCACGCACAGCAGCAACGAAUCAGAGUACACCUACAACUCAGAGUACGCCGAAUUGGAGGAAGGUUCCCGUGCCGCCGAAGAUGUUACACGAGGAAUAGACACCUCACUGACCCUCAAGCUGCAGAAACGUCUCACAGAACUGGAGCAAGAAAAGCAGUCGCUGCGCAACGAGCUGGAAAACAAAGAGGAUCAGUUCCAGCGGGCUAGAGCGAGGGAUGAUGCAGAGUUCAAAAAGGCUCGUGGGGCAGAGCUGGAGUACGAGUCCCUCAAGCGUCAGGAGCUGGAGUCGGAGAACAAGAAGCUGAAACACAAUCUGGCAGAGAUGAGGCAAAGCCUGCUGGGUAAUGCAGCUACAAACUCUGGGGCCCCGGGCUCCCCGGCUUACAAGGUGCUCCUGGACCAGCUCAACUCCUCCUGUGAGGAGCUGGACGUCCGCAAGGAGGAGGUUCUGAUCCUGCGCUCCCAGCUGGUCAGCCAGAAGGAAGCCAUGCACCACAAGGAUGAGAAGGAGACCAUGACAGAGCCGUCUGUCUACGUGGAGGACGUGUCUAAACUGAAGGACGCUGAUGAAAUCAAACAAGCCUACGUAGGCCUCAAAGACACCAACAGAUCUCCCAGGUUCAUGCAUAAGCCGCUGGAUGUCAAUGAUCUCCUGAGUAGGCUGAGAUCCGCUGCUCCAGACUUCCAUAAGCUGAAUGAGGACGGGGAGCUGUGGCUGGUUAAUCAGGGCUUAAAGGAGACCAUCAGGUUACUGGAGCACCAGCUGCAGACUCAGCGGAGAGGGCACGAUAAUGAGGUGGAGGCGUUGCGCGGCGAGCUGCAGAAUGUCAAGGAGGAGAACAACCGUCAGCAGCAGCUCCUGGCCCAAAACCUCCAGCUGCCUCCGGAGGCUCGAAUCGAAGCCAGUCUGCAACACGAAAUCACGCGGCUCACGAACGAGAACCUGGAAUUCAUGGCCGAGGACCCCACGGCAUCCAGAGAGGCUCGAGUCAUCAUUUUACGACGGAUGGUUGAUCUCAUGGAGCAGCUGGAGAAGCAGGACCGCACCAUCCGCAAGCUGAAGAAGCAGCUGAAGGUGUACUCCAAGAGGAUUGGAGAGAUGGGAGCGGGUCAAACUGAGGGACAGACGUCUCCAGGACAGAUGGUGGACGAGCCGAUCCACCCCGUCAACAUUCCUCGCAGGGAGAAAGACUUCCAGGGCAUGCUGGAGUACAAGAAGGAGGAUGAGCUCAAACUGGUCAAGAACCUCAUCCUGGAGCUGAAGCCUCGCGGCGUGGCCGUGAAUCUGAUCCCAGGUCUGCCCGCCUACAUCCUGUUCAUGUGUCUGAGACAUGCCGACUAUGUCAAUGACGACCAGAAGGUCCGCACUCUGCUCACGUCGACCAUCAACAGUAUUAAGAAGAUACUAAAGAAACGAGGAGAUGACUUUGAGACCGUCUCUUUCUGGUUGUCCAACACCUGUCGCUUCCUGCACUGUCUGAAACAAUACAGCGGAGACGAGGCCUUCAUGAAGCACAACACAUCGAGGCAGAAUGAACAUUGUCUUUCCAACUUCGACCUGGCAGAGUACAGACAGGUGAUCAGUGACCUGGCCAUCCAGAUCUAUCAGCAGCUGAUCAAAUGCAUGGAGAACAUCCUCCAUCCCAUGAUAGUCUCUGGCAUGCUGGAGCACGAGACCAUCCAGGGCGUUUCGGGGGUGAAGCCCACAGGUCUCCGUAAGCGGACGUCCAGCAUCGCCGACGAGGGCACCUACACGCUGGACUCCAUCCUGCGGCAGCUCAGCGCCUUCCACUCCACCAUGUGUCAGCACGGCACCGACCCCGAGCUCAUCAAGCAAGUGGUGAAGCAGCAGUUCUACAUCAUCGGCGCCGUCACCCUCAACAACCUGCUGCUACGCAAGGACAUGUGCUCCUGGAGCAAAGGCAUGCAGAUCAGGUACAAUGUGAGCCAGCUGGAGGAGUGGCUCAGAGACAAAGGUCUGAUGACAUGCGGUGCCAAGGAGACACUGGAGCCUCUGAUCCAGGCCGCUCAGCUGCUGCAGGUGAAGAAGAAGACGGACGAGGAUGCCGAGGCCAUCUGCUCCAUGUGCCAGGCCCUCACCACUGCUCAGAUUGUGAAGGUCCUGAACCUCUACACUCCAGUUAAUGAGUUUGAGGAGAGAGUGUCGGUUGCAUUCAUACGAACCAUACAGACUCGCUUGCGAGACCGUUGUGAGAGUCCCCAGUUGCUGAUGGACACGAAGAUGAUAUAUCCGGUCACCUUCCCGUUCAACCCUUCCUGCCUCGCCUUGGAGACCAUCCAGAUCCCCUCCUCGCUCCAGCUGGGCUUCCUCACCCGAGUCUAAACCGACGUGUUUGUGGCUUUGUGGCCAAUGUUGGAAUUGCAAGUCAAUUGACACUCACUGGCCCAAAAAGACCCAUAAUCAUCAUAAGAGUAAUAAAUACAUAUUUCUGAAGUUCACAAAACACUCGAAAAAUUAAGAUUUCUAUUAACACAAUUUGCAGGCGCAACUAUGUCCAAAAUAAGUAUUGAGGAGUGUUUUGGUGUCGCGUUCUCUUAAAUCUCCCUGGUCUAAAUCUGGACAUGAGCACACAUGACAUGCAGAAUCAAACACACAAACCCCACCACAUGCAUCUGUACGAUACUAACAUCCACCCCGACACACGCACGCACGCCUACACGUACGUCCACCUUCUCCACGUCAAACAUGCACAGGCGCACACAGUCGCUGUAAAACACCCCACUCCGUCCCCUGCUUGUAUAAAUGCUCGACUCUUAGAGAAGCCACAGGACCCGAUCAAUGUCUCCAGCGCUCGCUCCCCAUCGACACCUAGGCGUGACUCGGCGACCGCGGUUACCGCAGUUACCCCGGUUACCCCGGCUACCGCCUCUGUGUUUUCAGCUUAGCGGUUCUGAUAGUUUUUACCGUCGUCGCCUCGUUCUCUGGUGAGAAUGUAUGUACCCAUUCAUGAGAACGGGCCCACGAAGAGGAGGAGGACGAGGAGCUGAGGCCUCGUGGCGAGGGGCAGCGUGACAACCUGUAGUCGUGCUUGAUAUGUUGGGUUUGUGCUACGAGGUCAGUUGUUGGUACAGUCAGUCGUGUGCUGAUGUGAGCUCUCUCCCUCGCCCAUGAGGAGGUAACCACAAACCAGGCUUCGUUAUGUAUGCCGUCAUUUUAUUCUCUGAAGUAGUCAGUCAAGCCAAGACAGAACUCAUUGUUUGUACUAUAUUAUUUAUACAUAUAUAAAUAUAUACAUAUAGAUAUGAAUAAUAUAUAUCAUGUAUCUUAUUUAUUGCAUUUACUCCCCCCUGUCCCCACCCUCCCUUUUGAUGAUUAGAAGCUUUCUCUUUGCAAAACAAGUGUCCGAUAUGAAUUUAAUGACGGGGCCAUCAUUUUUCCCCAGACGAACAGCUUUGUGAAGAAUGUGUUUUAGAUCCGCUGCACACGAUUCACGUCAGUACCGGGUCAGUAAUGUGGGGUCGUCUUAACGAGUGCCGGCACAGAUUAUGUAUUAUUAGAUCACUUCACUCGGCGGUGUUGCUUUGUCGCGAUAGUCGGCGUCUCUGGCAGAUGAGUUUACCCGAGGAGAGAUGUACGAGGUCCAGCGCGAGGGUUCAAACUGCUACAGUCUGUACUGUCUACAGCCGUGACGCGAGCUGAGCGCCACAGGAGACACCGACACAUGACACACGAGACGCAUGUAUUUACACACACAUGAACACAACAGUGCAAGUUUUUUUCUCUCCUCAGAGAGAUGUCUCACUAUCUUCAUUGCGCAGUUGUUUAGUUCAGUAUUGGCUUUUUUUUUCUUUCUCUAAAGGUUAUUUGUACCGUAAAAGCCACGUGUAACUGUGCAGACUGGAGAGAAACGGUUUCGGAGAGUUCGCCUCACAUCUGUCCAGCAGUAUCCAGCAGUUUUAUCUCUUGUACUCUGACACUGAUGUUUAACUGUAGCUUUGUGGACGGAUCACUCUCACGUCCCCGACGAAUCCUCCCCGUGUUAGUGGUGCACUAGGUUUUGGUUCAGCUAUCCAGACAAGUUUGGUGCUUGUUCUCCAAAGCUACGUCAGUCACUCGGUCUGUGCGGCUGCACGGUGAUGUCCAGCAUGCACUGCUGCUGCCGCCCCUGUCCAACCUGCAUGGGCUUAGCCUUAGCAGCCGCCACAAAUGGAACCCCCCGAGCUACUGCUCUUUUGUUUUUAUCUGUAGAGAAACGUAGGUUUGUCUGAGUCAUUGGAUGAGUGUCAGGGAAUCUGCCCAUGUUGUCACGAGAAGUCAUUCGUCUGCAGUGAGAUUGUUUGGCACCUUUAAGUUUAUGUCCUUUUGUGCCAUGAGUAUUAGCAGUCCACCAAAUCUGCCUCUUGCCCUCAUGUGAACCUUAUUUUGCCCCAUGACCUGAUCCCUUAACGAUGAAAUGUCACUUUUUAGGUGUUUACAUGCAUUGAUUGUGAACGGUCACCGAAACAGAACUCUGUACUCUUUUUAUUCAAAGUUUCAAAAGUAGAAGCAACAAAACCAAGGAUGAAAAGUGUUUGCAUCGGAGAGACCCAGGGAAAUAUCAGCGUCUUAUCGAUGUACGUGCUGAGACGUAAACACGUUUAUUACCCGAGGUGAGGCAUCUCAUUGAUACGCUAUGAAGCGGACCACUGUCGCCCUCAGGAACAGGCUGCAGGUGAAAACAAAUUGAAAGUGUAAUGAGAGGUUGGUAUGUGAAGUUGCCGCACUUGUCUUUGAAAAUUUGAAUCGGUCUAGCUUUCUUUCAACUGUUUGGACUCAUAGGAAGUUUAAAGGAGGGUCUGUGUGAAGAGUACAUAUCUGAAUAGAGAGAGAGAGAGAGAGAGAGAAGAUAACUGAAGGAAUUAACCAUAUGAAUGUUUUAUAAUGUUUGAUGAAGUGUAUCAUGAUUUCAGCUGCACAUUGUGGACAAAGCCUUAUCUGAAUUAUUUGCUCUCUGAAUGACUUACUCACAUUAUCGGCAUCGUGGCAUUGUUUUCUUCUGUCGUGGCAGUAUUUUUUCUUCUUCUUCCCACUGUAAAAUGAAUAUAAGUUGUUAAAUGUGAUCCUUUUUAUUUGGAGUAGGUGUUUUUUUUCCCCUCCUCAUACAGUUGGUAUCACAUAUGGGCUUCUGUCUUAAUGCCAUUGGAAAAAACUAACAUUUCAGAGGAAGACAGAUGAAUAAUAGAUGACACCCGUCUAUUAAAAAAGAUGAGAAAUACUUCUUUUUUUGUUUUUUGUUUUCCCCCUUUUGACACGACUGUGGCCCCUCAAGCUCCCUCUACCACGUUCCCUGAAUGAUUAGAUGCUUUCUUUUCUUAAUCUGUGAUUUUUUUCCCCCCUUGCUGUUUUACUAAAACUAUCAAUUGAUGCGAGCCACAGGUCAGAAGACACACUCUUGUACGUUUGGUGGACGCAGCAGCAGCCUCCUCAGACUCAGCCUGGCCUUGUGGACUAGUGGAUUGAGAGGGAGAGCUGGCCAAGUGUCGGGGGAGAGAGGGAAAAAAAAAAGAAAUGAUACACAUUCAUUCAUUCAUUGCUUCGGAUUGUUGAGCAGUCUCAUUCCUUCACUCUGUGUUUUGACAUCAAUGUUGGUUGUAUGAUAUGACGUAGACAUUAUAAAUUACCAUUGUUCUUAUCAGCAACUAGAGUUGUUUGUGUCAUUUAAAAAGAGAAUGCAUAAAUAAAUCUUGUUAAAAGCAGAAGAUAUAUCAUCAGCCCAGCUCUGGUGGUUGCUGGUGUGAACACGCUGACGCCGGCACCAAGCUGUUUCCUCUCCACACCCACGUGUACAUUUGACAAACUGGACUGUUUGUAGUUUCUGGUAGCUGUGCAUAGUGAAUGUGUUCACCGUUUAGAAAACUAAGAAACUUGGAAUAAAUUGUCAGAUGUGUAAAAGUAAAAUAAAAGAAUUCAACACUGUCA